AUGCUCGCCAACACCCUCACAGUCCUUGCCACCGCUGUGGUCUCCGUCUCCGGAGCUGCCAUCGCUCGUCGCGACAAUGGCGUUUCCAUCACUCCCCAUGACAAGUUCUCUUCAUCUAUCGGUGUUCUUGGUUGCAAGAUCAACACCAACCGCGUCGCAUACUGGCCUUCUUUCCCCAGUUGCGAUAGCAUCUGCGUCAAGGUUAGCGCUAACGGCCGGUCCGUUAACCUUUUGAAGAUUGAUCAGUCGGGUGGUGCUCAUGACAUCUCAUACGAUGCAUGGAACUACCUCAACGUUGGCGAGAGUGCAUCGACCGAUCCUACCGCCGGCGGCGGAAUCCCUGCCACCUAUGAGGACGUUGACAUGUCCGAGUGUGCCGAUCUUAUCAAUGAGACCGAGGGCCGCCUUGCCUUCAGCGCAGCCAACUCCAUGAACUUUGUCAGCAGCUGUGGCGCUGAUACUUGGAUUGGCAAGAACUUUGCUCUAUACAACAUCGCCACCUCGUCCUGCACGUACGGUUACGAUGAAGUCUGCCAGUACCCAGACCUUUCCCUGGGCAACCAGCCCAUCUGCCCUCACCAACUCGGUGCUCAGCCCGCUCUCACCACUUGUCCUGUUUACAACAUUGACUACUUGACCGGCUCUGAAUCGCUGGCAUUGUAG